CAGAAAUAUACAAAUACCUUACAUAAGUAUUUCCAGUUUUGGAGUUCUAACCCAUCGGAUCUUCAUAAAGUGCCAAUAUACGUUCAGUCAUCAUGGCAUCUGCACCUGCGCCAGGAACAAACGCUGCUUCAGACACGAAUCCAGCAAUUGGUGCCAGCGACUCCAAACCAAAGAUGUUCGAUAAAGAAGGUGCUGUUGGCAAGCAAUUCACAGAGCAGGGAGCGAUAGGAGGGAUGGGGCAGAGUAUUGGUGGCCCUCUAGAUAAGGAGGGAGUUAUUGGCAAGCAGUUCACCACGGAGGGGGCUAUUGGAGGCACAGUUGAAUCAAUGAUGGGUGGACAGAAGCCUAAAUGAGCUUCAUCAUAGCUACUAUAACAUGUAUACAAUAAUUUCAAUUUGCAACUAAAGAUGCGACUGGCGUUUGUCACUCCCAACUAUGAAUGAACAAGGG